UCCUAAGGCAAACAACAGAAUUUGAGUUAUAUGCAGAGUUAUGGCUCAGCUCAAGAGAUCAAUAAUGGCGGUUCUUCCUCUCGUCCUAAUGCUCAUCGUCUCUUUGACCCCUUCAGAAGCUACUGAUUUUCUGGUUGGAGGGAAAGAGAAUUCAUGGCAAGUUCCUUCUUCUCCCUCGGAGUUCAAUCGGUGGGCUCAGAAGAACAGGUUCAAAGUCGGAGAUUACCUAGUCUGGAAGGAGGACGCGAAGAGCGAUUGGGUCUUGGAGGUCACUAGACAAGGAUAUGAAACGUGCAACACUUCGAACCCAGUGAGAAGUUACAGUGAUGGCAGUACACGGGUAAAGUUGGAUCGGUCGGGGCCAUUCUUCUUCAUCAGUGGAGUUAAAGGGCACUGCGAGAAGGGACAGAAGCUCGAGGUUGUGGUGCUUUCGGAGGAUCACCACCGCAAGAGCGAAGCCCCCUCCCCUGCCCCUGCAAACUCUACGGCUCCUACUCCAGCUCAUAGUGGAGGCAAUGCACUACUGAGGGACGAUGUCAUGAUCGUGGUUGGUCUAUUUAUUAAGGGUUUUAUGCUAGGACAUUUAUUUUGAGAAGCGCUUCGAUUACUUGGUAUUAACAUGUUGUGUGACUAAUUAUCCCAUCCUAUGCAACUUUCUUUUCCAAUUUAAAUUCAAGUACGGUUAUGUGGUUAAUUACUUUAGUUAGGGCUCGUGAAUCCCACUUUUAAUGCUUCAUCUAGACUCACAUGAUUAUAUUUCAUGAAAUUCGGAGGAAAGGUCAAGUGAUCACUGAAAAGAUCGAUGUACGGGUGUUUUUCUUCUGUGAAGAUAAUUAAGUAUAAAGCUGGCUCCUCUCCUUUUGGUGUUCACAUUC